UCGUUCAACUCACACUUCAAUCUUGCUCGUCCGAAACAAGACUUUUCUUCGCUAGCUGCAGCUUCGAGCUCCGCCGGUAAACCCCAACUUCAACCUUCUCACAUCUCCGUCACCACAGCGACAAUGCCCGAAGACGCCCCCUACGACCCGUACAUCCCCAGCGGCCAGGCUGCCAACACAGCCGGUACGCAACAGCAAGGAGGAGCUGGCGGCAAUGCGAGGACCCAGGCUCUGCAAGCUCAAAUCGACGACACUGUUGGUGUGAUGCGUGAGAACAUCAACAAGGUCUCCCAAAGAGGCGAGCGUCUGGAUGCUUUGCAAGAUAAGACCGACAACCUGGCCGUUUCAGCCCAGGGCUUCCGCCGAGGCGCCAACCGCGUCCGCAAGCAGAUGUGGUGGAAGGACGUCAAGAUGCGCAUGUGCUUGAUUGCCGGCAUCAUCAUCCUCAUUCUCAUCAUUGUCAUUCCAGCCGUUGUUGCUACUCGCAAGUAACAGAUACCACACUUUUUGCAUUAUACUAGCCCCUUGGGCUCAUGGUUCGCCCUCAUGAUACGGAAAUGAAUCGCAGAUAUCUCGCAGGCUUCGAGC